AUUAUUUUUGGCUGUUACUACACUGUUGCGUGAGUAAUCGUGAAGUCAGUCGAAACUCGAAGAAUCGGGUAGUGGGUCCUAAGCCUCUCGUUGGGUCGGGAGUGUCUCGCCGACAAGGAGAAUCCGCGCCAGGUAUUACAGUGUGUGAGUCGCAGCCUGCAGGCUCUUUAAAUAGCCGAAAAGAUAUUAAAAGAUGAACAUGUCGUUCUCCAAAACGAACGGCUGGAAGCCGAGUAACAACGGCCAUGCAGAAACCGAGACUAACAAAAAUUACCACGGAUUUCGGGAAAAGUUACAGAUAAACGAAUGGACCUUCAGCUUGUUCCUAUUCUGCUUCUCGCUGUCGAUUGUUAUCGGGAAAUUACUCCUGAAUUACGGCGUCGAUUUGCAGUGGCAAAUCCAAGGCGAUUACAAACUGCCGUCAAUGCCCGCUUUUCCUAGCAUCUCCAACCUCUCCGUCAUGAGCAUAUCAAGCCUAAAACCGCGAUUCGAGUUUAGCAGCGAUCGAUUGGUGACUGCUGGUGAAAAGUUAGUUAACGUUAGCCAGCGAUACGAAGAGGCGGUGUCCAGCGCCGUUAUCAGAUUUUCAAGAAACAAUUGGCUCUGGAUACGAGCAACUCUGAGCGGAUUGGCAAUGAUGGGUUUCACUUGGUACAUUGUUUACAAGGACAGUAGUGUACCCGGAGUUAAUCCGCCAUCCCCUUUGAGCCUCUUGAAAAAAAGUGGCCAGUCGUCAAGGUACAGCAUGCAGGUAAACUACUUUGUUGGUGUGCUCAAUGGGAUUUUGAUCUUCAUAUAUUUGACUUUGUGAUUUGCGCUAUCGCGUUAUCUCAGGUAAAGUGGAAGACGAGAUGUUGUGUUCGGAGCAGCUAACACUUUAAAAGUGUAUUGUUUUGUUUGUAACGCAAAUCUUUGAUGAAAGUAAUUGAUCAAAUAUCUGUGUAGUGCUAUAUUGUACAGUAUAAACACACACAGGUAGACACACAUUACACACACACACACAUAUAUAUUCAAAAUAUAUAACAUAGUUGUUUAUUUUAUUUAUUAUGAUUUUUUAUAACAUGUAAAUUCAUGUCGUUAUUUAUGGAAAACUUAUAUAAAUAUUAUGGAUAUGUCAAGUAUUAAUCUGAUGAAUAAUUAGAGUAAUAUUUUAGCUUAUUUUUAUCUUUUUUCUGGUCUUUUGUCACUAUGUACCUAGGAAAAGCUCAUGUAUUUAUGUUGCAUGGAUUAGCGUGCAUUACUAUUGCACUUCUAACUUGCAGUUCACAAAAUGUUUUUUUUUUUACUUUUCCUUCAAUUUACAAUUCCUAUACUAUGCUAUGGUUUCCUACAAAUACACGGGUAUACUUAAGUACAGAGCUCUUUUCGUAAAUCAAACUUGCUAUACAGCGCAAUAUUUACACAUUUUUUUAAGAACGAAAAAAAGAUGAAAGAAGAACAAACUGUUUUGGUACAAAGAGUUUUAUAUACAUAUAUACAAAAUGUGUAAUUUAGGAUAUGAAAAAAUACUAACUAACUAAUCUAACUAAUAUUACUGUAAGACUGACUUAAUAGCUGUUAUAUUUAACACUCAUUAUGAUUGUGCUUUAAAUUGUGUCAAUUGUCACAAGGAUGUGGUCAGAGACAUACUUGCUUUCUGCGGGGAAAAUGUGAUUUUGUAUUACGUAUUAUACUGGUUGUAUCUAUGAAUUAAUUGUAUCACAGAGUUUUUUACACAUAUACUUAAACAUAUGUAUACACAUUGCAUCCUUAGUGGCUAAUGAGGAGAGUCACGAUAAUAUUUUUUCUUUCUACUUUUUUAUUUUGCUUGUAAGCAUUAUACCAAUCCAUGUUUUCUUUCGUUGACUGUACAGCUUUAUUUCAUUUGCUCCUAAAUGUUUUUUAGAGAGUCAAAUUCUGUAACUUCAUUGAAUUCGUAUGUCUAGCAUUGUAUUGAUGAUUAUUAUUAUUACUUCCUUCAUGCACAAUUGAUAAGUACGUUAAUUUAAUAGCUACACGUAUGUACAUGAAAUAAUGUACAGAGUGUGGUCUUGUUCUCGGUGAUUGCUACAAUAACAGUUCUCAAUAAAUUUUAUACCCAUACAAAUAGCUUUAUUAAAAUUAGUAGUAUAGGAAUAAUUGAUAAGAACAAACUGGAAUUUGUUCAAAUCGCUUUGAUGCUUAAUUGCUUUCAUCACUAUACAGGCAAAAACUGUAUUAUAUGUACUUCUCAAAUUGUUUUUGGCUAUUUCUUUAAUCAUUCUGUGAAACUCCAUAAGAUUUAUGAAUUGUAGUAGAUUAAAGAACUACUCGUAAUCA